AUGCUGUGUCCACCACUCGAUUUUCCAAGGUUGCAAAAAAAUAUGACGACCACGAAUCGACCUUCUCGUGGGCGGAAGAAGAUUCCAAGUGCAUCCUAUUAUUUGGGCUAUGUUGAAGAUGAUGAAUCAAUAGAGUCAAUUAUGCAAAAGUUCGACGAAUUGGAAAAAUUAAAAUCAUCAAAUCUUUCGGAAUGUGCUGCUUCUUCAUCGUCAUCUAAAAGUAUGGUGAAUGGAAAAGGGAAAGAACCAGCAGAAACAACAUUGGAUGGAGGAGCAAUUACACCACUUGAAGAAGAUUCCUAUCUCAAUGAAGAAUUGCAAGAGGAAUUGUUUAAAAGAACUUCACAUCAUUCCAUUCAAUCAAAUAUUUACUCAGAAAUUAUGUCAAACUAUAAUACUGAACAAGGUGAAUUGGAUGAGAUGGAUGAUGGUGAUGGACAGGAGGCUUCUGAUUAUUCUUCUGAUGAGGAUUAUGUUGAUAAUUUUCAAGAUGGAGAAUCUGAUGGAUCAACUGAGGAGAAUUUGAAUAUUUGUGUGAGUGACAGUGAAAUUGUCAAUGAGGAAUCCUUUGACGAAGAAGAAGAGGAGGAAAUCAUUGAUGAUGAAGAAUCUAGUAGAGCUAAAAAGAAGAGAAAAUCCAAUCAGACCAAUGGAAGGAAACGAAACACUCAGAAAAAGGGUGAUAAUACUAUCAAGGAUUUAGUCACACUCGAUCCAAAUAUGAACUUUUUGAAUUCAUUUGAAGGAAAUUCGACGACCAACUCAAAGAAAUCCAGAGCUACCAGCAAUAUAGAAAUUGUAAAUAUUCCAACAGCAGAGAAAAUACUCAAUUCCUGGGCUAAACAUAUACAAAGAGUAACACCAAAGGAAUGUAAAAAAUAUAAGGCAUACAGUGAAUGUCAAACAAUUGAUUUGACCAAUUUUGAAGAAGAUUUAUCAGGAAAAUUAAUGUUUAAUAGAACUAACUCAAAGAAAUCAUCAACCUUUGUAUCAAGUGUAUACACAUUCGAUACUGAAGAGGAUGUAAUCAUAACGAACCGAGUUUUAGAUUAUAAUUUUAAAUCGAUAUGUAAAAAUCAGCCGUUUGAGGGGAUUUUAAUUGAUCCACCCUAUCACUCAAUACAAGUGAAAGAUCUGAAAACAACACAAAACCUUCACAUUCAAAUAUUAUUUGAAAACAAUAUCGAUAUGAAAAAGUAUACAGUUUCAGCAUCACUGAGUAGAGAAGAUGAAAAGGAUUUCUUUACUACUAAGAAAGUCAAUUCAACCACUGAUGAUUUUCCAGAGUCAACUACAACAUCAUCAAUUUAUAAUAACAAACAGAGGAGAGGAAUUGUUCAUCGAUCACAAACUCAAUUACAGGCCAACAAGCAAGUACAAAUAAUAGAGGAAUUAAAAGAAGAAGAAGAAGAACCAGCAGAAGAAGAAACUGUACAGAACAAACAAACUACAAGACCAAUAGGUAUUAAAACAACAACUAUAAUAGAACCUUCAUCUGUCAAUGAUAGUGCAGAGAAUAGUAUUUCAGAUGCGAGCGUUGUUUCCUCAGUUGCUGCUAGCAGUUUAUCAUCUAACACAUCUUCAUCUGUUGCCUCAUCUGUGGAAUCAAAUCCAAGUUCUUCACCAAUUAUUAAAAAGAAAAAAUUCACAUUUGGAGGAUUAAUCAAGAGAAAACAAAAUGCUGAUAGUGAUGCAUCUAGUCCAAAUGCCAAUGGUUCAGCCUCUCCUAACCUCAAUGAUUCCCCUAAUUCUACAUCUACCACUAAUUUUGAAUCCAAUUCCCUUCCAAAACGACCUCAAGUCAUCAGUGUAAAUGAUGGCAGUGAUUUUAGGAAAAAGUUACAAGAUAGAAAGAGAAAUGCAGGUGGAACUGGUAUGAAAAUUGUCAAACAAAAUGAUCAACUUAUCGUAUCUCAAAACAAUUCAACUCUAGAAGAAUAA